AUGGCCGCAUCGGAUCGCAGGGGCGCAGCAGCCUCACGCCCGGGCCCAUCGUCGGCGGCACCCUCGGCCCCCAGACAAACCCGCCAGUCGAUCAAAAGGGCGCAACAGGACCGACUCCUCGAACGCCUUAUCGACACCUUCCAUGACCAGCCCCUCGCCGACCGCACCGCUUUGAAAAAGAACCUCAACGGCCACGUAUGGUCGCCCGCAGAUAGCUGGGAGGUGGACCGCCACAUCGACGGUCUCUCCCGACGACACGCAAUCGACCUCUCCUACGAGCUCUCAACAGCACUCAGAAGGACCUUUCGCCAGCUCAAGCUUAGCGCCAAGCAGUCGGUCGACCUCACACAAAAGGCCCGCCAGCUCCGCCUCCUCCGCCAGAGGGAAGACCAGCGCCUACUCGAAAACAGCUCCGGCAGUCGUCCCUCGGCCGUGUCCAGGGGCAAGCGCAGAGACGACAGCGACGAUCCGCUCCUCGACGAUCCCAGCAUCACCCCAGACAAUGUCGCCGACGUCGUCCAGCUCCUCAUCAGCCUCUCGCGCCCCGCCAACGUCACCACCUCGACCUACGCACACCUCCUCCUCGACCCGGAUCGACCCAGGAAGACGACCUACCUCGAUCCAAAGCAGAAGCAGGCGGUAGAACGCGCAGAGUGGAGCAGGAUCCUGCUCGAGGAGCCGCUCGACGGAGACGAAUGGCGGUCCGGCUCCUCGGACACUUCGCAUCUUUCCGACUGGUCCGAGUCGAGCCGCGGCCAAGGCACCCGCGCCUCGAUCAGCGACGACGAUGACGACAGGUAUGGCGGCGUGGAGAGUCUCGGCGGCCACCGACCUCUCGACGCUGCUCGGGCCGGGUGGGCCGGGGCAGCUCACGGAAGCCAAAGCUCGACAGGCGACGAGGCCGGGCCCGACUGGCAGCUCAUGCACGACCACCGCGCUCGAGCGCUCGACGAGGUGGGCUUGCACCGCGACCAGGUCAUGGUAGCCGCAGCGCGCAGCAUCGAGGAGUUGCCCGAUAUCCUCCUCGUGCGAGAGGCCGUGCUGGCCAUGCAGGGCUACGGCGGCCUCAUCUUCAGCCUCGCAUCCCCGAGCGAGAUGCGCAUCAGGCCGUCCCUGCUGCAGGCGUCCUCGAACGGCGAGACGACAAAGGUGCGACAGCUUCGGACCCUCGCCACGGCGGCUUCGACGCUGCUGCAGCUGCAGACCUUCAGCGGGACCUACGCCUCGGGCACGACCGCAGGGCCACCCUCGACUGACGAUCGCCGCAUCAGCAUCUCGCUGCAGGCCUUUGCCGACCAGGUGGCCCGGAUCCUCGAGCGAGCCCGAGCCUUCUUCGCCGUCUACGACUCCGACCUUGCCGCGGGCCUUACAGGCAACACGAGCUCGCUCCAGGUCCACAGCCGCGACGCCACCCUGACGGCGCUGCUCGCCGACGUCGAUCGCGUGACCUACACCCUUCGCUGCCUGGCCGAGCUGCUUUCGGAUCUCGGCCUGCUAGACCGGCUCGACCAAGGGCAUGGCAUCGACUCCGACUGUGCGCUGCUCAACGGACUGCAGGCGCUGCUCUCCUUUGACCUUGCCGGCGGUGGCGACGGGCAAAGCAGAUCCGUCGCGCUGCGCCGCGACCUCUCCCAAUGCUUUGUCGCCAUGGCCCAGCCGUGGUGGCGCCAGGUCUGCCAGCACAUCCGAGAAGGCGUCAGCUUCGGCCUGGCAAGAUCCUCGGACGGCGAUCUAAUCGGGCAAGCCGAUGCGACGGGGUUGUUCGAGCGGGACGCGCGCACCAGCCCGCUCGAUGCGCGCUUCUGGCAGCAGGGAUGGCGCGUCCGAGGCCAACGCGAAGACGACCUCGGCGAGGCGAUACCGGCCUUCUUGGCGCCGCUCGCACUGGAGCUCCUCGACGGGAGCAAGAGCGUCGGCCUCCUCCGCGCCCUGGGUUCCGACGUUGGCGUCUCGCUGCAGCCGUGCGAGGACCUCCUCACGGUGCUCGGAGUGCGAACAGGCGCGGCGGCUGACGGCGAACCUCUCGGCGGGGAGGAGGACGACAACGACGACGACGCGGCGAACAGCGUCGAGGCAGGCGAGGAACCGAUCACACCCGUCGAAAGCAUCGCGAUAAGACGGCUGGGUCAAGCCGAAUCCGCGGCAAUCGUCUCGGCCGCGCUGUUCAAAGGCGCAAGGGCGGCGGGGUCCUCCAACAUCGCUGGUGCAGGGCCAGCUGCCCGGCUCGAAACCUUCCAUCGACAAAGCUCCACUGUGAGGGAGGCCGGCACCAGAGACGGCGACGAUGGCGAGGCGCUGGCACGGGCGCUUCUCAAGCCGCACCUUGGCAAGACGCUCUCGCAGCAUCUCCAGCCAAUGCUCACCCUGGUGCGCCGGCGACUGCACGCUGCUCUCGUGUCGAGCUGGUACGAGGACGGCUGCGACCUCUUUGCGCACCUCGCGGCCAUCCAGGGCUUCUACCUCAUGCUGCGAGGCGUCGAGAUGUCAGAGUGGUGCGACCUCGUCUUUGACAGGCUCGACGCCGGCGGCCGCCUCGACGCACACUUUCUCGACGCUAGCUUUCGCGAUGCCAUCGGAUCCGGCAGUCUCGAUGGUGCCGAUGGCGCGAACGCCUGGAUCGACUCUGGAUCAGUGCGCUUCCAGGUCCGCGACACUGCUACUCUGCGACGCCUCGGUGCGAGCCCGCAGUCGCAUGGCGUGGGCCUGCUCGCCGGCAUCGGCGUGGCGUACCAGGUGCCGUGGCCUGCCAGCUUCUGCUUUACGCCGGCGGCCAUGUCGGCCUACCAGGACGUGUUCACGCUGCUUCUCCAGGUGCAGCGAGCGCGCAAGUCCAUGGCGGGCCUGCUCAAGGCCUCGCACAAGCACCAGCGGGUGCCCAGCCUGCGGCGUUUCUGGGGCCUGAGGAGGCGGAUCGACUGGCUGGUGCGCGUCGUCGGCGAGUACUUGAUCAGAGACGUCAUCGAGUCGUCGGCGAGUCAGCUUCGGGCCAGCAUGGACGAGCUGAUCACAUUCGACUCGCUCAUCGAGUGCCACGGGCGGGCCAUGGAGCGGGUGCGGUACCUGUGCUUCCUGCAGCCAGGCCAGGCGACGGUGAGGGGCAGCAUCCUCGAGGCGCUGGACCUGGCCAUUGACGUCAGCCGGGCGUAUGCGACGACGUUUGACGAGGACGCCGCUCGUCCGGACGAGGUGCGGCAGCGGGACCGCGAACGAGCACAGCGGCGGCGCAAGGCUCGGCGUGCCAAUGGCAAGGCCAGGCGCGGACGCGCAGGGGAUGUGUCGGACGACGAGGACGAUGAAGACGAGGCGGGGGCAGGGGCAGAGGAGGCAAAGGGUGGGGAUGCCGGCAGCCGGGGGGGUGCGGCGGCCGGUGUCGCAGGUGGCCGGCAUGGCGGCGAUCAGAGCUCGUCGUCGCUCUCGUCGUCGACGCUCGAGGACACGUCGCAGAGCUGGAUCGACGACGACGUCGAUGUUGGGACGCAGCGGCGGAGCUUUGGGCGGCGGGUCGACUCGUUUGGCGAGACGCUGCGGCAGGUGCUGGUGCGGAUCAAGGCGGGCGUCGACGAGCAGGUGGGACGGCUGGCUUUUGAUGUGGCGGCGCGCAGCCGCGAGGGGACGACGGCCGACGAGGCCAUCCGCGCCAUGCACGAGGAGCGAGAGCGCUUCCAGGCGCUGCUGUAUGCGCUCGAUGAGGGGCGCUAG